AUGAUUGGUGGAAUUUCCAUGUCAGUGUCCCUUCCGGCGAAAUGGGGAUGCAAGACAGACGGCGUUAAUCCAUCAGAAUUUUGUCAUGCACUAUCAAAUGCUAAACAUGAUAGUACAGUAGCAGUUACAGAUUAUCCUGUUAAGGGUGUGAAGGUUAAACAAAGAUGUGAUUUUUCUGCUGUAUGUGUUGUUGAAUUAGUUGGAGCUGAAACGUUAGAUAAAAACCAGUCUAGCAGCAAGUUUAUUCUUGUCAAAAGACCUGAAGAAGGAUUGCUUGCUGGUCUCUGGGAAUUUCCAUCUGUCUUACUGGAUGGAGAAGCAGUUCCAUUAGCUAGAAGAGAAGCAAUGGAUCCCUUCUUGAAAAAAAAUCUCAAAAUUGACAUCAGAAAGACUUGCAAUAUAGUUUUGAGGGAAGAUAUUGGGGAAUUUGUUCACAUUUUCAGUCACAUUCGCCUCAAGUUGUAUGUUGAAUUGCUAGUGUUACAAUUGAAAGGUGCAAUUCUGGACAUUUACAAUAUGUUAUCUUUAUUAAAUGACAAGUAA